GCGAUCUGCAAGGCUGAUGAAUCGCCGCCAUUUUCGGAGGCUGACACAGGGAGGGCUGCUGGUUACUGAGUACCCGGAGCAGCGGGACUGAGCACGGACAGGUGAGUGGGGCAGGAGGGCGGGGGGUUACCGGCUUACCGCUGCUCCAGCUGCCUUAUGGAAGGGGGCCUUCAUACAGGCCGGCCAUGCUUGUGUCCUUUGUACUGCGCUGCGGACUAGGUUGGCGCUUUCCCAAAUAAAGAAUGGGCUCACAGUAACCAUGGUAACCCACAGGUGGCUGCCAGCUUGUGAGCCUCCCAUUAUGGACUUUGCCAUAUGGCUCAUGCUGCCAUGGGGUUAGUCAUUCUCCAUGUAACCAGGGGCAGGCAGGCAGGCAGCCUGCACCCUCACUACUACUUAGACUACAAAUCCCAUGAUGCACUGCCUAACCUGCCUCCAUCCACAGGCACUAUGAUAAUUUCUUAUUUAGUGUGUAAUGUAUUUAUGGAAGUGGUUUCACUCUGUCAUUGCUAGGUUUUUAUUUUUGGGCUAAAAUGAUGCUUUUUUUUAUUUUAUUGUAUAUUGAAUUUAAAAAUAUAUUUAUUUUUUUAUUAUGGGUAUGUACAUCACAUGUAGCAAAUACAAUAAAUGGCAAUACAUGUUGCUGAAAUAUCCCAUACAGCCAGCACACACACACACACAUUUUUUGUUUUACUUUUUUAUUUUAAAGAACAAUUUAAUGUGUCAAUGCUAAUAUGUGUGUAUGGACUAAACAGAGAUAUUCAUAAUUAUAAACCGAACAGUGUUUUAUUUUUUUUUUAUUUUUUUUGCAGCCAGUGUGACAGCAUUUAGGGGCAGGAAAUAGCCCUUGUAAGGAGACCAAGGGUUGGCAAAUAUUUUUAUCAUGACAUCUCUGUGGUGUCAUUUGGAAUCUGAAUAAGAAUCCAGGAGUCAUGGCUACCUGCUUCUAGGGUUUGGGCAUUCUAAAUACAACAUAUAUAAGUAAUUUAUGUUCUAUAAUUGUACAUCCCAUCCAUUUUUGGAUUCGUGAAGAUUGCCUCACAUGCCAUAUUGUAUUUUUUUAUUUAUAUAUAUAUAUAUAUAUAUAUAUAUAUAUAUGUCUUCUAGUCCUCAUAUUUCUGAAGUCUGUCCAACAGAUGGUCUGCAAAAUAGUCUUCCUCCACAAAUCACCAGCUUGUAAAGGCAUUUGUAUAUUAGCCAUACAAUAGUUUCUAUUGCUGCAAGAUCUAGUGCCUAUAUGCAUAUUUUUAAACCUCUUUGAUAGUGAAGUAUUGUGACCUGCAUUGGACAAAAAGGCAAGUUUUUUUGAAAGAAAAUCUCAGUAGCUGUCUAGCAUUAUCCUGUUUUUACUUGCAAAUGUGUAACCUAUUGGUUAAUAAGGAAGUAACCAGUCCAUUUCUUUAACCCUUUCAUGACAUAUGAUGUGCGUUUACACAUAACUUUGUCAUGAAGGGGUUAAAUGGAUAUACUUGAAUGAUUCUUCCUGUGGUAAAUACUCAAUUUUCUUAUUUUCAAGAAAAGACAAUAUUUUUCUAAAAUCAUGUCUGUAAAACAGGAUCAAUGUUCAUCACAUAGCUAAACGUGCAUCCUUUUUAUAUAUUUUUUUUGAUUUGUGGUGGAAUUUAGGGCACAGUGACCAUCACCUUUUUAGUAAAAGCCAUUUGAGUUUUACAAAGUCCAUCCCCACUUAUGUUUGUCACAUGCUGAGUUAAAAGCACCUUGGAUUUGAAUGACACCUUAGGUGGAAGUGCUGUGUAACACGUGUUAUUACCAAAUUAACUGUACCGCAUGUCUUCCACCAUGUGAAAGGUGUAAGCUCGUUUUAUACUGUAUUUACUGCUUCUUAAGCUUUAGUAAGGGAGGUGUAAUCAAAACAUGUGUAGUUUAGAAGCAACUCCCAUAAAGCUGCAAGAGGUCCAUGAUUAGCAGAGAUUUCUGGGAUUUUGAAAUCUGAAGUGUUUGACUGUCAUUGCAUUUACACUGUUGGUGCCUCGUAAUUUUUUUUUUUUUUCUGAAGGCAUUUGGUUUUUAAAUAUAUUAGCUGUUACAACCUUGAUUUUAUUUAUUUAUUUAUAAUUUUUUUAGAUUUUUACGUUUAAAACAUUUACUUUAUAAGCUUAGCACUCAGGACAUUAAAAUGUCUGAAGUCGUGUCAAGUAAGCACAAUCGGCAACUAUAGCAGCUUCACGUUGUCCUCUGAAAGUAGUUUUUUCCACAAUCUAUUUGUUAGUCAUGUGUUUGAAAUUCUUUAGCACCGAAACUUCCUUUUUUUUUUUUUUUUUGUCAUGUGAUCUUUCCUUAUUGAUUACCGGUAGUUAGGAACAUGCAGAAUAAUUCACUAAAAUUUGAUUAUUUCUUUCAGGAAUUCACCAGGGAAUUGGUUAUAAUGGAUAAAAAGUUUAAAUUCCUUGGUGAAUUUCUCACAAUUCACAACUUGGCAAAUGACCCUGAGACUUUUGAUACAAAUUAUAUAUACUGGCUCUCUGCCCAGGUUUCUCUUCCUCCAACUUCAAUGAAUGUCCUGUUUAGCCUCCUUCUGCAAAAAAAAAAAACUCACCUAUUUGUACCUAUUUAUUUUGUACCUGUGUAAAGUCAUCCACGUGGCCACUUUAGAAAUGUACGUGUUAAUUCUCCAUCCAGUACUUUUCAUGCAGAGCAAUCCAUUGUUGGUAAUUUUAGUAGUGGUUUAUCUGUAAACAGUCAUGCAAAAUAUUGUUGAGGUUUACCAGUCAGAAGAAAAGCUUGGAAAUAUAUGCACCCCCCAAAUAACGUGAAAGGCAUGCCACACAGUAUGGCCCCAAAUGUCAAGGAGCUUUGUACAGAAGUGCCCCGAUGAGCGUGCAAAGUAAAAUAUUUUAUUGUUUCUUCGGUUUGAGUAAUUACAGUUAAUUGAGUUCCAACUAAAUUCAAAACACAAAAUUUUUGCAAACACUAAGAUUUGUGUACUAAACCUUUUAUUAGCACCUGAUAGUCAGAUUUUUAACAUUCAUAAUCACCCUAUUUUAUAUGUUAAUAGAAAAAUAUGGCGCACUAAAACACAUUCUAAAAUAAGGUCAAAAUAGCUCAGCUGCAAUAAAAAGUUCAAAUCUACUCUUUUGACGUCUUCGAUAUUUUGGCAGAAAAUGUUCCUUCACUUUUUGGUAAGUAAACCCCUAUAAUUUCCAGGUGGCCAUCCGGAGUUUGUGAUGAGCAGCAUACUAUAUCUCUUGAAAAGGUACAUUUAACUCUUCCUUUCCUCUCUUGCACCACAUGUCCGCCACCCUCACUAUUCUUUUCUCCAUCAAUUUAGACUUCAUGCUACUUGCUACCCAGAUUCACACUCUAAUCUAGUCAACUCACACACUUUAUUCCCUACUCGACCGUAACACUCCAUCUCUCCGUUCAUGGUGUGUUUCUCCCUCCCAAAAGAGUCUGUGUCUGCAGGUUGGUGAAUACACAUCCAGGUACUAAGGAGUAAAUGGUGUUUCCACAAAAUACAUUUUAUAAUUGUGUACAUAUUUAAUUGACAUUAAAACACAAUUUGGGGAUACCCCUCUGGAGGCCUUCUCCUAUGUGAGGGAAUGGGAGAGGGAUCUGGGCCCUCCGAGCGAUCCCUCCGACUGGGCAGACGUUUGGGAGGCCACAGCCUCAGUCACGAUUUGUGUAAACCAUAAGGAGCAGGCGUACAAAACCCUGCUCCGAUGGUACGUCACCCCCCUAAAGCUCAAACAGAUGCGGCAAUCGAACUCCGAUCGCUGCUGGAAGGGCUGCGGGGCCCAAGGCACGUAUUUCCACAUGUGGUGGGAAUGCGUACAUGUCUCCAGGCUUUGGAAGGCGGUUGUAGACGUCACCUCCGGAGCACUGCAAACAGCCCUCCCAAUUGACCCGUGGACGUGGCUGUUGUCCAAACCCUUAGAGGCCCUACCCAGGGCACAGAACAAAUUAGUGGCAAAAAUAGCGCUGGCGACGAGAAGGACUAUAGCAGCCCACUGGGGACGGGCGGAUAUUCCGGCAAUGCCAGAGGUGCGGAGGAAAAUAGAGGAGUCCAAGGAGAUGGAUGAAUUGUCUGCCCUGGUUCAUGAGACGACUGACUCGGUUGGGAAAGUCUGGGGCACAGUGUAGUAUUGGCGGGGGAAAGGGGGGGGUUGGAGGGAGACCUCGACCCUCCGGACCCUCUCACCACCCUGUUUAGCUCCUGAUGGAGCCCCCCCCUCCCCCCAUUAGCCACCACCCCUACCAGACCUGUUCAAGAAGUUCCAUAUCCUAAGAGAACCGAUAUGUCUCCGCCAUCCAUAUACACCAAACUCACUUACACUGGUAGAACCCGAGCCAUCAGUUAGGACAAAAGAGUGCCACCAUUUGGAGAGCUAGUUAAACCACAAGUAUUUAUCAGGCUAUAGUUUUUUCUGACACUAAGCAUUGACUUAGUUACGCCUUACUUUUCAUGUUUGCUCCAGUUGAGCAUUCCUUUCACGGUUCAGAUUUGUAGUGCACAUGGCAAGCUGACCUCAACGUUGAUCCACCUACCCCUGACAUAGGCUAAACUGAAUCAAACGUAUAGACCAGGGCAUCUCCGCACUCUCGCUUCCCCAGGGAAUAGGAGUAGGUGCAUCCCCGACUGCCCUUACGCACUGAGGGGGACUUGAGUUAAUCUAGACACAGUUGGCUAACAAUCAGGUUUUGGGUAGCUAAUGUGUACUAUGAUCUGCUGUUCCCCCACACCCUUUUCUUUUCUGUAUCCCGCAUACGAACUCAAAAUUCUCAAAAUAAAGAAUUUAUAAUAAUAAAAAAAAAAAACACAAUUUGGAGCCUUUCCAGACUUCGAUCAUUAUAUUUAUUUUCCCCUAGAAUGCAAAUAUGUUUGAAUGUUAAAUAUAAGAUGUAUUUUUAACAAUCAAUAACUUCACCACCCAUUAUCUAAAGUUCUCCAGGCUUUCUUUCCAGUGCCAGGGCAAAGAGGUGAACAGUCUUGACAUUCCUCCCCUAACCCGAUACUGCUGGUUGUGAGUAAACUGCUAGAAUUCAGAAUUUUGGAGUUAAUUCAGUAAAUGGGAAAUUGUGAGGGCUUGAAACAGAUUGUCAAAUUGAUGACACAACUGAUGAAUUCCCAGCGUAAUUACUAUUGCUAUUACGCUCACUCUUAUUAUAAUUUUUAUUUAUGUUAUGCAUAAACAGCUAGUCUGUAAAAUUGGAGGCAGCUAGGUUUUUUUUUUUUUUUCUCUCUAUAUCAGAGAUCAAACACACUGGGAUUGUAAUUCUUUCAAUUUUUCGUAAAACACUGAGGAUUAUGAGUUCAUCGAAUCUGUUCAUUAUGUCUUUUCAACUUGCUGGGAAAGGAAAACCAAGGCAUAGCAAGAUGUUGAUUUUGGUUUAGAAUAAUAGCAGCCCACACACCUUGCCAGGACGCUCUUCCUGGAAGUGCGGGUACAUGGCACAGUUACCACCUCCUUCACCAGUAGAUAUCGUCAGAACGUAUACUGCCACUGCUGAAAUAUGUUAAGCACCACCUAUGACAUGCUAUCAUUUUAUAGACCUUUAAAUCCCAUACGUAUAUUGAUUUUGCCCAGUUGCAUGGAAAUGCAUUUAUGUUGUUAUAUUUCCACUUUAAAUUUCUCCCUUCAUUCGCAUUUUAUAGACAGAAUAGAAAUCCGACCUGCAUCUCCAGCUAACACUAAUAGUCAUUUAGUGGCGGGUCGACUGUAUGCACAGCCAUUCCAUGCCAUAUUGGUGGAGAAGGAAGCUCCACAGGGAGAUUUUGAAAAUUAGAUGAAUUACAUAAUGUAAUUUUCUGAGUAGAAUUUAAAGUGGCAAUGUCAACUAAUCUUUUCUCUUCAUAAAUCCGCUUAGAAGAAUUUUGCAAAUAUAUCAAUAUUAUAUCUUUGCAACAAUGCGAUCGUAAUUGUAUUUUUUAUUUUUAUUUUUUUUCACUUGAAGAUCUGCCAUUGUUUGUGCGAAGGUUGUCCUCUUGGAAUUGAAUCACAAUGUUCAAAGAUUCAUGUUUAAGUUACUGAUUAAAAAUAAAAGGCUCCAAACUUUGCAUUGUAUAUGAAAUGAUACAUCUGAAGUUCUGGGCUGUCUGCAUGUCUCAAAAUGGCCUCUCGACUCUCGCUAUUGGCAAGUGAAGCUUUAGCCCUCAUGAGUAGAAAUUUAUCCAUGGUGGAUGUACCAUGGAACCUCCAAGCUUGCAGUAAACGUCAGUUUGGCUACUAGCACAGGACUUAAUAUUUUAAGUCCGAGAGAGAUUCUAAAACGAUGACCAUUUGAUUUAUAAGCGCUGACUACAGGGAGAAUGUUUAUUGGAACUUUACUAGUGAGGUAAGCUGAAUGAACAUUCUGUUGAAGAAAUGCAAGUAUUUUUGCCCACCCCUAUUCAAAAUAUGUUUCAACAGUUUACAGUAACCCAUUCCUUGCCAAAGUACUAAUUUAAAAAAUAGAUAUAUAUUUUCUUUUUAAGCAACACAUUUAUACACCAUUUUAUUUAAGGCUGCUAGUGUGUAUGUAUGUAUGUAUGUAUAUGUGUGAAUUUUUUGGACUGGACAAUAAUCUAGCACUUUUUAGUCAGCUGAAUUUUAAGUGGCGAAUUUAUAUUUUUGACCUUAACUCUUCAUAUUUCAACUGAGUACAAAACCUUUCUGCAUGCCAUUUUUCUCAGCGACUACUAGGUAUGUGUAUACAUGAGUGAUAUCAUGUUUCCUAAUCACUUCUCGUUCUGUUUAUUUUUAUCCUGGCUUUUAGUUUGAUUGUUGUUGGAGACACACUGCAAAUUAUACAUAAUAAAUAAUUUAAGACAAUAAAAAUCUGGUGCAUUCCAGCUGCUCUGACAUCUCUGUCCUUUCAUAUUCCUUCGGUAUCUGAAAUCUUAAUGUUCACCGAUCUAGACCAAACCGGGUUGUCCUGAAGGCCACUGGUAAAACAAGUCUUGGAAUUGUCAUUAAUAUGGACUUGUAUUUAGGGCCUAAUAGCUACAGGUCUGAAUUUGACUUGCAAGUGUUCUAUCUGAGUGCAUACAGGAUGUACGAAAGCAGAAAUGUAUUUGAGAGCUAUACAGGCUUAUUUAUAGGGUUUCCUCUUUUUGGCAUCUGCAGUUGCAGCAGUCUCCUCUCCCCCUCCCUUGUUUAACCCUUCUCAGUACAUAUGUUGGGUUGUAAUUCAUUGUCUUGUGUUUGGUUGUCUUUUUUGCUACUGUUGAAGAUUCUGUAAAAUAACAAAAACCCUGCCUAAUUCUUUACUUUACACAAAUGUCUGCAUAUACACUGUCCACAAAAAUAAAGGGAACACUUAAACAACACAAUGUAAUUCCAAGUCAGUCACACUUCUGUGAAAUCAAACUGUCCACUUAGGAAGCAACACUGAGUGACAAUCAAUUUCACAUGCUGUUGUGCAAAUGGGAUAGACAAUAGGUGGAAAUUAUAGGCAAUUGGCAAGACACCCCCAAUAAAGGAGUGGUUCUGCAGGUGGUGACCACAGACCACUUCUCAGUUCCUAUGCUACCUGGCUGAUGUUUUGGUCACUUUUGAAUGCUGGCGGUUCUUUCACUCUAGUGGUAGCAUGAGACGGAGUCUACAACCCACACAAGUGGCUCAGGUAGUGCAGCUCAUCCAGGAUGGCACAUCAAUGCGAGGUGUGGCAAGAAGGUUUGCUGUGUCUGUCAGCGUAGUGUCCAGAGCAUGGAGGCGCUACCAGGAGACAGGCCAGUACAUCAGGAGACGUGGAGGAGGCCAUAGGAGGGCAACAACCCAGCAGCAGGACCGCUACCUCUGGUCAUUUGUGCAAAAUGACCUCCAGCAGGCCACAAAUGUGCAUGUCUGCUCAAACGGUCAGAAACAGACUCCAAGAGGGUGGUAUGAGGACUGGGACAUCAUAUCUCGCUCCAUCCACCAAUGUCACGUUGCACCACAGACUGUCCAGGCGUUGGCAGAUGCUUUAGUCCAGGUCUGGAAGAGUAUCGCUCAGAAGACCAUCCGCCACCUCAUCAGGAGCAUGCACAGGCGUUAUAGGGAGGUCAUACAGGCACGUGGAGGCCACACACACUACUGAACCUAAUUUUGACUUGUUUUAAGGACAUUACAUCAAAGUUGGAUCAGCCUGUAGUGUGUUUUUCCACUUUAAUUUUGAGUGUGACUCCAAAUCCAGACCUCCAUGGGUUGAAACAUUUGAUUUCCAUGUUUUUAUUUUUGUGUGAUUUUGUUGUCAGCACAUUCAACCAUGUAAAGAACAAAGUAUUUCAGAAGAAUAUUUAAUUCAUUCAGAUCUAGGAUGUGUUAUUUUUGUGUUCCCUUUAUUUUGAGCAGUGUAGUUAUCUAUACAAUACUUAUAUUGUACAGUAUUGUGGCUAGUAAUACUUAAACUGUAUCAAUAACUCCUGGCUGAUAGGCCUUCCUGUUGCUUUAUAUACCAGAAUCUGUAAGAAAUGUAUGCCUCUGCUUGCUUCUUCCAGCCAGUCCUAUUGCACCUUGCAUGUUUCACCCACUCUCCUUGAGUUAACUCUAAAGUGUUUCUUUGAAGCUUAACAGUUCAGAAUUAACCUGGCCACUUGCUUAUCACCUGUUACUUCAGAUUCAAGCUUGAUAUGUGUAGCAGUAACUGGAGUUGGAAGAAAGUCGCCUUGGGGAAAGGCAUGAUUCAGCACACUCCUAACGUGUCAGUUUGCAGUGUCCUCUGGCAGGCUUUGAUGUUCAAAAAGAUUGUAUCCUAGUUUAUAUAAGUUUAGACUGGAGGCUUGUGAAAUUGCUUUGUGUCAGUCCUACGCUGUGUCUGGUUGUAAAAUUGCCCUCUUAAUUAAUGGAAUGGUAUGGUAGUUGUCACAGAUAAAAACCUGAUUGUCCUAUGUAUGUUUGUCCACCAGUGAGUGCCAAGUCACACGAGUCGUACAUUUGAAUGUCAUACUGGUAGUGCAGGCCAACGCUGUGCUCACCCGUAUGGCACUUGCAAGUUUUUAAUAAUCUUGCCCCUUCAGAUGUUAACUCUGUAGAGCCUGAGUAUCCAACAAUGGAUUUAGGAACCUGCUGGUGAUUUGAGGAUUUUUUUUCUAAACUGUGAGCUAAUGAGAUAGAUAUAGAUAUAUAUUGAUAUUGAAAAAAUCCUUGUACAUGGGCUGUAUGUAUAUAUAUAUAUAUAUAUAUAUAUACUUGCCAGAUGCUCAGCCUGGGACUUUAAUAUCCAAAUAGUAGUAGAAAUGGCAGCACUCACGGUCUCCAAUAAAAUUCUUCUUUAUUUAGCCAGAUUUAAAACAUGGGAUCAACAUUUCAGUCCCUGUAUGUGACUUUCAUCAGGAUCAAUCCUGAUGAAAGUCCCAUACAGGGACUGAAACGUGGAUCCCAUGUUUUAAAUCUUACUAAAUAAAGUAGAAAUGGCAGCUCUCACGGUCUCCAAUAAAAUUCAUCUAUAUCUGUCUGUCUAUCUAAUUCUUUUAUUUUUUCUUCUUCCAUCAUUUUAAAACAAGGGCCAAAAUAAGUUUCAAAUUGAGACCAAUUUGGCUUUGUCCUCAUACUACAGCUUGCUGUUAAAGGAGAGUUCUCCUACUCUUCCCUGUCACUCAGUCGUCACCACAGAUCUCUAUGCUGAGAAUUGACAGGUUAGUAACCAUAGUUUUAGAUGGAAUUUAAAGGAAAUCCAUAUAUUUAUUUAUUUUUUGUCUAUUUUAGUAGUGCAUAGCUAAACAAGAGUACAGUGACAUUUCUCAAUAGUUUGACAGGCAACACAAGUUGAAGCGUAUUAUAUUUUUUAUUUUAUUUUUUAAAUAUAAGAAAUGAAGAAUAAACAAGAGUUUGUAGCUUAGCAAGGUUAUUCCCUCGGCAACAUGGAUGUAGGAAAGCUUCCUACAACUCUGACCGCUGCGAAACGUGACAGUAGGUCGGGAAGCCAUAGCGUCUCAGGAUUAGUCUCUUAGGGCAGGUUGUGCUGAUAGCUGUUAGGUCAGGAUAGCAGGGGAGUUCGCUUGAGAUGUGUCUCUCCUCCAUGACAGUCAGGCCCUGCCCCCUGCAAAUCCAUACAUUUGCUACCAAUUCUGCCCUUUUGAGUCAUUCUGUGACAAACUUCUGUUUUGCCAGACAGAUAAACUUUCGGUGAAUAAGUCUCCUAAAUAUACGGGUAAUCUCUGUUUGGACAGUUCGGUUGAAGGUUUAUGUACUGCUUUUUUUUUUUUUUUUUUUGGCAUGCACACUCUCUUCUUGCUGUCUGUGUAAAUAUACAUACAGCCUGUGCUGCUUCUCAGUAACAAGACUCUGCACCUCUUGUUUAGGGAAAUCUGUGUAGUUUGCAUAGAAGAUUAGGUGACAAAUGUUUGGUUCCAGCCUGCUAUAGCCAGUCUGUGCUCGGCCUCUUUGCACAUCUAUUCAUGGAGAAGCAGCAAUGUAGUCCUGUUGCAAAUCCUUGUUUUAUUCACCAGUUAUACAGUGCUGCAAUCUAUGUUGGUGCAGUAUUAAUAGGUUGUGUGUGUAAGACUAGGUUUUUCUGUUUUGAAGUGUAUGUUGUGUCUAUAGGUAUGCUGAGGUAUGCCUUGUUUCUGGUUUUCAAGAGGCUUGACGCUGUUGCUCCAGAACAUGUCGACCAUCAUUCUGGAUAGUACCUGAGAGAUGGUUAAAGUACUUUAGGAUGUUCUGUGGACUUAAGUCUGUCUCCAUGACGGUAAUAAAGUAGGCCCUAUUCCUGUGCAAUUUAUUACUGUCAAAGAUUGAAAGUUGCCUAGUGUUUCAUUACGUGACAGUGCCAUAAAUCAAGCGGAGCAGAGCAAUGGCCUUUUCUGUUAAGAGAAUCAUACAUUUUAACCCUACGGAACAAAAGUGAGAUGAACUACAUCUUUGUUCGCAUGUACAUAUGGCAUGCCAACAGUUAACAGUACAGGUUUAAAUAUAUAAAAACAUACAUUUAAUUUUAUUUUUUAAUUUCCUAUAAAGAGACACUUUGAGAACCAUAGCUGCAUUUGCUUCAGGUCCAAAUUAUGAUGCCUAAUGCUCCCUUGGCCCUUUUUUUUUUUUUAUAUACUGUUUUAUAAGCAACAAUUUGCAGAAUGCUUCAUUCAUAGAAAAAUAAACGUGAAUUGGUUGGUUUUAUUUGUAUAACUGUGUAAAUGAAACUACUAAAGUAUUUUGUUGCAUGCCCUCUAAAGCCUCUAUUUUUUUUUUCUCUCAGAGGAAAUGGCAGAUUUGCCGAAUUAUAAUGCUCCUUUCACUCAUAAAUAAGCAGCAAUCUAUAAGGCUAGUUGGAUAAUGCAAGAGUGAAACCUUCCACAUUAUCCAAGCUGCUGCAAAACAAUCCACUUCAACACAAUUAGUCAGAAGACAUAGUCGUGGCACCCAAAGUCUCCACUACGUUCAGAUGCUUUCUGCACCUGGACCAAACCGGAUAGUGAUGUCAUUUGCUCAAUCUUUAGUAUACGUUGACAGAGGAAAUGACACUUCAGAAAUGUUUAGCAUUACCAAAUAGCUAACUAAAAGUUGGCUAGUGGUUUUGCUAACAUUUAGGGUUUUUUUUGUUUUUAAAAAUAUAUUUUACAGAUUUAUUUUUAUUGGAUUGUCCACAUGGGCACGUUCGGCACUGCUGGAGAAAGCACACGUGGGCUUGUAUGGAAUUUAUUUUUAUAUGACCGUGAGUCUCUGACUUCAUGGAACAAUCCUACCAGUGUUUUAUUCAGUGGUGUGCUUUCAGAUUUAAACCUGCACUAUUUUACUCUUUAAAAAAAAUAAAAAUGUUUUUUUUAAAUUUAUGUAUCUUUCUAGGUGGUCAGUGGGUCCUUCCGUUUGUGUGUGACGCAGUCAUACCGCACCAUGAAUGUCACAAAGGGUGGCCUUGUUCUCUUCUCCGCCAAUUCCAAUGCAUCUUGUGUAGAGCUAGCAAAGAAAAUUGGCGAGUAAGUAUCAAAUCUCGAAUGCUUCUUAAAUCUGUAAAAUCCAGUGGCAGCCAUCUGGUCACUUUAAAGUGGAUGUGUCAAUUAUGAAUAUCUGACUACGCUCUCCUUAGAUUUCAGAGUAAAGCUAUUGUGGUAGUAAAAUAACCAGCAACUGUAUAGAGCAAGAGUUCCCAAUUAAUUUUUCCCGUUGAACCCUAUGACAUAGUGUGUCAACAUUGUGGACUGUCCACCCCCCCAGUCCCCCUUGCUGCUGGGCUGAGCGACUGGCGUGUGGGCGGCGAGGGAGCAGUGAUCUUCCUGCUCAGCUCCCUCGCACGCCUCUUAGUGGAACCGGAAUAUAAUGUCACUGCUGUGCGUGCCGCAGUAAUUGAGGCGGGCGGCGAGGAAGCACUUUCCCCUGCUCAGCUCCCUCGCCGCACCGCCUCAAUUAUAGCGGCAGCCAUUUGUUUCCUGUAAUUUUGGCGGAACGCCAAUUGUGAAACGCUAAUUUGCUUCCUAUACUGAAAUAUAGAACUCCUGCACUUCUUUUCACAAAUCCUAAUGUACAGCCCACGAUCAUUGAGGUUACACAAACGUAUUCAUUGCUCUAGCAGUGUUUCAGGAUGUAGCACCAUGCGGUCAGCAUCGUGAAACACAUAAACCAAAUAAGAAUCUAUACCAAUCCCCAUUCGAGACAGUCAUCCUUGUGUGCGAGUUGGGCGCACUUUAAAUUACAAAUAUGUCUUGGAAUGUGUGCUUCUGUGUCUAGCCUUGAAGAUACAUUUUUUCCAAUUUGCUUUUUCUUCAUACUGAAUUGGGUGUAAUUAACAUUUUGAAGGACUAUUGCUUACCAAUGAAAAAAAUUCUUAUGUAAGCCCCCUCUCCUGCACAACUAGUUAGACUGCAAGCUUACAGUAUGCCUGGUAAGCAUGAUAUUGUGUAACUUCAUAGAGAAUAAAAUCUUUUUACACUUUUUGUACCAGUUUGUCAGCUCGCUAUCAAAUGCAUAAGUGGAAGGUUAUAUCUUUGUUUUUGGAUGGCCUAGUUUUUAAAGGAACGCUUUAAGCACCCUAGCCACUACAGCCCACUGUAAUUGUGACAUAGUAGGUGUGCCCUGGCACUGUGCCAUAGUGAAGACUGACACUUACCUGAGUUCUGCAAAAGAAUCAGAGUAGCUCUUUAAAGCUUAGGAAGGCCAGACAGGACUGAACUCAUUGCCCGAGUAUGUCAGCCAAGCAUAGUUCUGAGUCGGCAGUGAAGGUACCCUCCACUGCCUCCCCUCCCCCAAAGAAAACAGACCUAAAGGUCACUCUUUAGUAGAUAUACCUAAAAUGAAAUAAUGCAGGCAUUUUGUUAUGCAUGUGUUCAUUGGAUAUGUAUCUAAAAACAGCUUUCAAAUGCUGCACUUCUCUUGUCUGCUACCUUUUCAAGCCCUCCCCUUCUUCCCCAGCACAGACUUUCUGUGGCUGUCCAAUGCAGCUCAAUGAGAAAUCUUUGCAAGGUAGGUGCUCUGAGCAAUUGCUACCUCUUGAGUUUAGCUCCACUGAGCUAAACAAACCAGGAAGUAACAAGGACCAGCUGUCUGGUUACAAGCCAGGGGGUGUAACCAGAUUAAUUUAUCAAAGUGAAACCCGCACUUUUUGUAAAACGACACAUUCACAGGACACAUUCUUCACACAUAAAGCAUUUCAGCAAGCGUAAAGGGACAAUAAAUCGCCAGCACAACUACAGCGUAAUGUUGUUGUUCUGGAGAGUAUAGUUGGCCCCUGCUGUUUUUUUGGUUGUUUUGUUUUCUGGGUUUUUUUUUUUUUUUUUGCAUUAAAACAGUUUUUUUCAUAGAAAAGCAGUGUUUACAUUAAAGCCUAGGAACACCUCCAGUGGCCACUACUUAGAUGGCUAUUAGAGGUGCUUCCUGGGGCAGUGCUACACUGAUAAGCGUCUCCAUGCUCUGAAGGGAGACGCUGAACAUUCCUCAUAGAGAUGCAUUUAUUCAAUGAAUCCCUAUGAGGAGAUUGUAGCGGAGCUGCAAUAAUAAAACCCAAUAUCCUAUUAAGCAGAAUAAUCCCAAUCCCACAGUAACUGGCCGACUCACUGUUCUGGGAGUCAGCUGUUUAAUGUGAGCCCCACACGGACUUGUAUGUAACUCCCCAUGCAAGGUGUUUCCGAAUACAUAUUCCAGGGGCAUUCCCCACUGGACCUGAGCGGAGACCCAAAGAGAGAAGGAAAUAAGUUUUAACCCUUUCAAAGGGGGGAGACAAACCAUCAAAAUUUUUAACACUAUAGGGUCAGGAAUAAAUGUCUGUGUUCCUUUUAAGUACUUUAGGGGUCAGGAGUGACACUUUUUUAAGGAGAAGAUUUUGGCCUAGAGGAGGUCUGUGACUUAUUUUCAUACCACUUACUGUAUUCUUUAUUUCUUUGACAGACGUCUAGGGAUCGAGCUAGGCAAAGUUCAGGUAUACCAGGAGCCAAACAGAGGUGAGUUUGGUAUUAAGUAUUCAAAUUAAUGGUCACUUUACUUACCUAGAGGUAUAAUCAAUUUUUUUUUAACAACCUACAUUGAAAAUCAGGUUUGUCACAAUUGACAGACUUUCAGCUCUUUGCAGUUAACAAAUCAAAGUAAUUGAAAUAGCUCAACACAACAAAUGCUUAAACGAAUUUUCCAAAAUCAACAGAAAAUUCUACUUAUAAUGACUUUUCCAGCCUCAAAACUAUUGAACUCCCUGAAUAGAAUUCCUCACAACAGCACAAAUAUGCAAAACAUAUGUUGUCUCAAGCACAUCUGAUGAAACUGAUCAAGGGCUUCAUUACUUGCACCAUGUGUGCUUGAGCUACAACACUUGUAAUACCUCAAUUGGCUAGGGGUUUAUUGAGUGUUACGCUUGACUACAUGUUAGAAAUAUGGCUAAGUCAAAAGAAUAGUCUGCAAAGAUCAUCGCCCUUCACAAACAAGGCACAGAAUACAAAAAGAUUGCAAAAGCGCUGAAUGUUCCUAAAGACACCGUUGGAAGCAUAGUUUGCAAGUUAAAAGUUAAAGGAACAACUGUUAAACUACCUGGAUGAGGCAGGAAAAUUAACUUAUCAAUGGCUGCGACCAUAUUUCUGAAAAGGCAUGUUGUGAAAAACCCUUGAGUGACUGCAAAAGACCUGCAGCAAGACUUUGUGGCUACAGGCACUGAGAUUUCAGUGAGCACAGUAAGGAAUGUACUAAACGCCGAAAGUUUCCAUGCCAGAACUCCAAUAUGUACACCACUACUGACCCGAGAGCACAAGGAAAGUCUGCUCCAAUAAGCUCAAAGUCAUAUAAAUAAACCACAGAAGUUUUUGGAUUCUGUACUGUUUAGCAAUAAACCAAAACUUGACCUUCCAGCGGUAUGUCUGGAGGAAGAGGAAUGACGCAUACGCUGAAAAGAACAUUUUGCCUACAGUUAAGCUUGGUGAUGCUAUGGGGCUGCUUUGAAUACUCUUGCACAGAAAACCUACAGUGUGUGGAAAACAAAUGGAUUGAAGUAUCAGGAAAUCCUAGGAGAAAACCUCAUGCCAUCUGUGAGGAAGCUGAUGCUUGGGCAUCAUUGGACCUUCCAACAAGACAAUGAUACCAAGCAUGUAAAAUAGCAAAAAGGUGGAAAACACCCAGAAUACGUGUGAAUUAAUAUAUAAAAUAUAAAGCAACCUGAUGGAAAGUGUAAUCCAUAUGAAUUCUGUAUAAGAAUCAAAAAUCUGACAUAGCGUAAUACAGUAAAAAAUUUUUAAAUGUAUAAAUAUAAGUGAUUGUAGAUACACUCACAAACGCACGUGAAAUAAGGCUUCUCGCCCACUCAGGGGCAGUGUGUAAUACGAUGAAUAGGCUGGAAAAUCACCUCAUAGGAUAUAUGCAAAUAAAGGAAAUCAAAGAUAGUGAAGUUUGUUAUGAAAAUACAAAAUCACAUUUAUACAGAAUUCAUAUGGAUUACACUUUCCAUCAGGUUGUUUUAUAUUUUAUAUAUUAAUUCACACGUAUUCUGGGUGUUUUCCACCUUUUUGCAAUUUUACAUUGUCUCUUGGGUGUCUGUGAGGCACACCUAGGAAUUCUUCCAGUUAUACGUUUCUAUUCCAAUUUUGUAGUGUAUAUACUGUCUUUUGUUCAAUGAUACCAAGCACACCUCAAAUUCCACCAAGGAUUGGUUGUCGAAGUCCUGAAAAAUUCUAUGGUAGCCAUCACAGUCACCUGACUUGAACCUCGUAGAAAAUAUCUACUUGGAUUUGAAGAAAGCAGUUGCAAACACAAGCAUAUUACUGAACUGGAGGUCACUGCUCAUGAGCAAUGGGCUAAGAUUCCUCAGGAACACUGCCAGAAGCUGGUGACUGCUAUGCAUCCCAUUUUACAGCAGGUCAUAACAGCAAAAAGGUGCUCUACUAAGUACUAAAGGGGUUAAAUAAAAUUGGUACUUUAAGGUCAUUAUAAGUUGCCUUUCCAGUUUAAUUUGGGGGAACCACUUGAAGCAUUUGUUGGGUUAAGCUAUUUCAUUUUUUUUAAAAUUUUUUUCUCCUUUAUUGCAAACAGCUGAAAGUCAGUAAACCUGAUUUUCAAUGGUGGUUGAAUAAUAUUGAUAACAGCUGUAAUAUAGUCUUCCAUUUCAGUAUAUACAUUGUUUUCCCUUUCUGGUGUCUGCAAUUCAAUUUUGUUAAAGAAAACUUACAUGGCAUCUGUAGAUGGGGCACUCCUCUAUGCAUUCUAACUACUUUUUUGAAGUUAAGAGUGACCAUGCCAGCAGAGUCCAGGCUAUAUAACCAUGUCAAUGCGAUGAAGUGGCUGCAGUGUCUUUAAAAUGUGGGAACCAUGUUAGUUUCUGUACCCUUAUAAAGAAAAGCUGUCAUCUGUUUUUAUUAUUUAAUAUAAGAGCGUAUAUAAUAUAAUAUAAUACCAUUGGUCUCCUGGCAGCCAUUUUUGGCACUAUUUGAUCAGAAGCUCAUUUAGAUUGGUUUUCCAGGACCUGUAUAGGGCCCCUCUUCUUUUUCCCUUACCAACGACAAAUAUGCUUCUAUUAUGUUAACUAAGCUCCAUUACAAACCCAGCUGUAAUUGGGGGUGCAUUCAGUGUGUAUGUAUGUAAACACUCUGGGCAGUGUGCCUACCUGUGACCCAGAAGGACUUAUGGCACUUGCAGGAUGCUGCCCAAGACUUUCAUUUUGGUGUUUAAUGUUUUUGUAAAUUACUGUAAUUUGUUACUUUUUACUGUUUCAAUAUGCUCUAUGCAACAGUACAAUUGCUAGACAGAAGAGAAUAUGCAAGUCAUAGUUGUCUGUUCCUAAAAUGCAACUGCUCAUUCAACUUUAACAGAACUGAUGGCUUCUAUAUUUAAAAAGAUCUUGUCAUGUUUGGUACAACAGGUGUGUGCUGGUGUUUGCCCAAUUCCCACUAUUGUCUGACCAGUGGUAUGUUUUUUGUGUUCAGUUAGCUAGUUUGUUAUGACCUUCAUUUGUAAACAAACAAUACUGCCCUGCAGCAAGACUAUACUUAUUUACCCUAUUUAAUCUUUGUGAAUGUAAAUGCUUUGUGGAAUGUGACAUUGAGAACAAUGCUGUAUCCUUUGACAUAUUAUUCCUUCGUUCAUUUUUUAUUUAUUAAAAUUCUUCCGUUAGCCUUGCAUUUUAGUUGCGUCAAAAUAUCUCACAUAGUCCUUGGAUCCCCCCUAACCUUUCUAGUUUAAGUCUUCUUAUGCCCCGCAUUGUUUGAAGAGACAGUAGACGUUCUGAUUGCUUCAUAUCCUUGUUAAUCAUGUCUGGAGUCUCUUGCCAUCCUUCCAUCCCCUGUUGAACCGUUGUGUUAAUGCUAAAUGAGAGUCCCCAGCAGCUCAUCCCCUCUGUGCUGCUUGGGUUCAUUUCAGAAGCAUGUUUUAACUCCUAAAUGGUAGAAAAUGGAGCAGUGAGACCUCUGAGUCAUAAUCUAUAUACAAGUACUGCUUCAUUAACCCCUUAAGGACCAAACUUCUGGAAUAAAAGGGAAUUAUGACAUGUCACACGUCAUGUGUCCUUAAGGGGUUAAGCUAAAGUUGCUUUGGUGACACUAGUGUCCUUUUAACCCUAAAUGGAGAGACAGUGUCAGGGGACUCUGGGCACUAUACCCAACUUAAUGAGAUUAUAUUUUUAGUAUCAGUUUCCCUUUAGGUUCUGAACCUUGAUGGUGAAGGGGUACCUUUGAGAGUGUACACAGUGAAUGUAGUGAUCUUGUUUUCUUGUCACGUGAAGUACUUUGUAAAUUCUCUGUUGCACUUUGCUCAGCAUUUUAAAUCUCUGGACAGUGAAGCACAUCUUUAGUUUGCUUUACUUAUCUGAAGGGUUGGGUUUUGUGACCUCUAUACCUCGGUGCCCUACUCUUUCAGAAAUCCUGUUCUUCUCUGGCAAUGACUAAACAAACAUGUCAGGUCUUGGUGAACAUAAAAUUUGACAAGCUGCAGUUGUUACUUGUGAUGAAUGGCUGGCUGAGUCUUUCCUUGGCGUGUUUAUUUUUCCCUUUUAUUAUUUUGGUAGGCUAAGGUUUUAUGAAGACUCCGUGGCAUUGGACCCACAAUCCCGAAUAAUGUACAUGGCAUUAGCUAAGCAAAGUAAAAUGAGUUCACUCACCCAUUCUUCAGUAGUAAAAUUCUAGAAUAAAUCAUGCAAAAUGUUUGUUGGGACUCUGCCCAGUGUCUGGGAUGUGCCCAGGGGGAGCAGAGCUGCUACGCAGAACAGUUUGUUAUAGCACCAGGAAAGAACCCUACAUAAAUAGUGUGCCUGUUCUAAUCACUGAUAAAUCUAGAUUUGAGAUCUUCAGGAGUUUAGAGUUACAAGUCUGUGGGAUACAAUUCUUCAAAAAGAUGAUAUAGCCUUGUGUAAAUAGCUUAAUUAUUGUGUGACUUCUCUCUUCUCUCUUUCUGCCCUCUUCUUCAGAAACACGUGUUCAGAUUCAAGAGUCUGUGCGAGGGAAGGAUGUAUUUAUCAUCCAGACUAUUUCCAAGUGAGUAAUUGUCCGAUGUCGCAUCCAGUUUGUGUCUUCCAGUUUUGGUAUGAGAAAUGUCUUUGUGCAGCUGACAACUAGGAAUCACAAACCACAAAUGUAUCCCUGGUACGGUCUGAUCCACCUCUGAUGGGUUGUUUUUAGGUCUCUUUCUGGAAUAGAAAUCAAGGUUUAAAGGAACAGUAUACCACACCACAGUCCCUUACUGACAGUUCGUAUGCCCAUGUGUCCACAAGCCUUUUUGUAACAACCAAUUAAAAUCCAUUAUUAUUCUUCCCAGCUUUCCAUUGUAUAUGAACUUUGAAAAUAUGUUUUGCUUUCCCUUGGGCACAAAUCAAAGCGUGCAAUGAAAGGCUAAAAAUAUUAUUUUCAAAAUAAAUAAAGUACUGAACAUAUUUAAAACUUUAAAUACAUAUUUACAAGUUGUAGUUCUUAAAUUUACUAUAUAAUGGUAUAAAGAACAUCUUCUGGUAAGGGUGCCUUUAUAACGUUAAAAAAAUCUGAUAUGCAAGUGACCUUUCACUGUGGGAUUUAGCCAGAGUCAGCACCUUCUAGAAUGCGGGAGCCGUAUCACUGCAGAUUUUGAGCAAGGAAAGCAGUGGGGAAAAAAAUAGUCUUUACAUUCCUGCAGUUAAAAUUACCUGUUCAUUAGGUAGCAAGGAGGAACUUUGUGUGUGUAUAUGGGGUCUCUACAGCGUGAGACCAUCCGAUUAUGUGGCCAGACAAGCAUGUGAUACAUAGCCUUGGUAUUUUCUUUGCUGUGAUGACGGUUUCAAAGAAAUGUGUUGUAUAUCACUCUAAGCACAGCUGACAUUUGAACUGCAUGCUCUAUAAACGGGGAAAUUGCAAGUUCUUGGUAACUGCAGAUGGAUAAGAUAAUGGGGUUAAUUUCCUAUGUGGCAUGUUUAGGAAUGGCAAAUUGCAAUUCAGGGGUUCAGAAACCAAAAUGGUGUACCACAAUUUGGAAAAAGACACUUUUUAAUAUACAGUUGACAGACCCUCCCAUGCUGUAUAACAAGAAAGCAACCAAGUCUUGCCCAGUGUCUGCCUACCCCUCAUAGGGACAGAAUAGGCAGGGAUUCGCAUCUUUUAUUUCUGGGCAGAAGGUGGAAGAACACAAGCUGUGCUUUAGCGCUUUCCUUCUGUUCUAUGAUUGCCUUACAGCAGUUAUUUGCAGCUUUGGGUUUCUGUGGAGUCUUCAUAACCAGUCACUGCUUCCCACUUUCUUACCUAGCCGUGCCUGUGCUGGAAAUGGCCCUUGCCCGUUGCGAAGAUGUUCUCGGUUUGAGAGAUGGAACAUGUGCACUGAAUGCAAUGACUUAAAAUCUCAGAGUGCUACUGGGCAUGUACAAAACUAUUGCAGUGUUUGGCGCAAAAAUGUGGUUUAUUUAAAGGACCACUAUAGUGCCAGGAAAACAUACUCGUUUUCCUGGCACUAUAGUGCCCUGAGGGUGCCCCCACCCUUAUGGGCCCCCUCCUGCCGGGCUCUGGAGAGAGGAAGGGGUUAAAAUCUUACCUUUCUCCAGUGCCGGGCGGGCAGCUCUCCUCCUCUUUGGCUGAAUGCGCAUGCGCGGAAGGAGCUGCGCGCACAUUCAGCCAGUCUCAUAGGAAAGCAUUCAGAAUGCUUUCCUAUGGACGCUGGUGUCUUCUCACUGUGAGUUUCACAGUGAGAAGCACGCAAACGCCUCUAGCGGCUGUCAAUGAGACAGCCACUAGAGGCUUAAGAGGCUGGAUUAACUCAUUUAUAAACACUGCUAUGUUUAUAAAAAAAAAAAAAGGGUUAAUCCUAGAGGGACCUGGCACCCAGACCACUUCAUUAAGCUGAAGUGGUCUGGGUGCCUAGAGUGGUCCUUUAAUAUUGUUGGUAGAUGUACUUCAAGGCCGCAGUUGCCACUGCACUGUAGUUUCAGCCAAACCAUGCUUUAUGAAGAAUAACACACAGGUAAAAACCGUAUGGGAUAUGAAAACGUGAUCUGUCUGAAAUAAUGGGCACAUCAUAUAUAGCUGUAGCUCCCUGUCCAAACCUUUUCGUGGGUUGCAGGGCUUUCCUUUUAUAUAUUUAUUUUGAACCUUUUUUAGCUUCCAGCCAGAUAUACAAAACUUGGUAAGCUAAUGUUGCCCCUUUUAUAAACUAAUGCAAAAAUAUUUAUACAUAUUCUCCUUUUUGUCACUUUAAGAAACAAUAUAUCCCUAUUAAAAAAAAAAAAGUGUAUUGUAGUUUUAUUUUAUGUUGUACGUGUAGCCUCGUAAGUUCACUGAUAGUUAACAGGUGUUUUUUUCCAUUUUCCAGUGAUCCUUAGCUCUCAUUGAUUGGCAAAGCAUCAUGGUAGAUGUAGUUCCAACUUGGCUGUAGAUCUACCCUUUUACUAAUCCUCAUUCCUGUAGAUUUUGUUGUGUAAGUAGCAUGUUAUUCUGUUGUAAAGUGAAAUGGUGUUAACAGUUGGCUUUCUCUUAUGUUUUCAGGGAUGUGAAUACCACAAUCAUGGAACUGCUUAUUAUGGUGUAUGCAUGCCGGACCUCUUGCGCUAAGACAAUUAGUGGCGUCAUCCCUUACUUCCCCUACAGCAAGCAGUGCAAGAUGAGGAAAAGAGGCUCCAUUGUGUCGAAGUUACUAGCUUCCAUGAUGUGCAAAGCUGGUAAGCAUCGCCCCUGGGGACUUGUGUACAAGUGUAUUCUCACUGUCCAGACCUAAAUAUUAUUUAUACUUUUUUUUUUGUUGUUGUUGUUUAUUUCCCCCCCAGUAUCUGAUAUUCAGCCGGAAUAAUCGUCUUGUGCAGAAACUGUCAUGUCAGACAUUAAUUUUUUAACUCGUGGUUUAAAAGUGUCUAUUAUUUAUUCACUUUUUUCGAUAUUUAAAUAUAAAGUGGCACUCUAAACACGAUACUCCCACACACAUACUUUGUGAGUUUUCUUUUCUGAUGUUGGUAUGUUUUCCAUUCAGCUAUCCUGGCAACUGUUCGAGGUUUUUCUUUUUCUAUGUGCAGUUAUAUUGGGGUUGGUAUUCUAUUUGUACAAUUGGUAAAACCUAUUACUUCAAAACCGUACAUGCUUGCUCGCUUAGUGAUCAGUUUGCAUUGUAUUUGGCUGCCUUUUAAGCAGAUUUUUCCAACACCAUUUCUUAUAAACAUAUGUUUGUUUAGUUAGUGCAAUCUUGUUUUCGUCUCCAUGUAAUAUAAAGCCAGAUUUAACUAAACAGUCUUCAGGCAAAGUUCCAGGAAGAAUCUCCUAGUAUAGUGUGUGCGCGUUCCUGUUCCACAUGUUAUUGUUUUGAGGGUUUUUUUUCCCUGUACAUCUGAUCUUUCUCUCCCCUGUGUCAUUCUCCCAAAGGCUUGACACAUCUCAUAACCAUGGACCUGCAUCAAAAGGAAAUUCAAGGCUUCUUCAAUAUUCCUGUUGAUAAUUUAAGAGCAUCACCAUUCCUUUUACAAUACAUUCAAGAAGAGGUGAGUUCUGAGCAAGACUGUGAACCAUUUAAAAAAAAAAAUAAAAUAAAAAUCUCAUGGCGCUACUGGGCAUGUACAAUAGUUCUUUUUAAUUAGAGUUAGCACCUAUUGCUUUGACAUCUUUUCCACAUAUAUAUAUGUUCUCAGUUUUUUGUUUUUUUUGUUUUAGAGCCUUUCCAGAACUAGGGAUCAACAGCCUUUCUUUUUUUUUUUUUUUAAAUUACAAUUUUACACAACAAACUUUAAACUUUGUUCUGAAAUGUAUUGGGCAGGAGUGCCCUGGUACCCAAUUAGUGUAAGUAGUUGUACCAUUUCCACUUCAUUUGUCUUCUUACCUGGGUACUACUGGGCGCUGCUCUCUGCAUCUUCCAUUCCGCUAUACAUCGCCCCUCUAAGCUCAUUCAGGGAGCUUCCAGAUCCUAUAGAUGCAGCAAUUGAUGCUCAGAAGAACCCAGGUAUGAAGUCUAACAUUUUGACUACUUACAUUUGGAUGAUAGCCAGGGCACUUCGGGCACCAUAACCACUACACUGAGCUUUUGUGGUUUUUGUUUUCCUUUUUAUAUAUAUAUAUAUAUCUCUUCCAUUAAAAACAUUUUUAUGACUCCUACCCCUUCUGGCAUUAGCAUCUCAGCAAGUCUGUCUAAGAAGCUUUCAUGCUAUUCAAAUGUUUAGGAUUUUUCAGUAAAAUUUGAAUUGUAAAAUUUAGGUUAAACUAGGCAAACUGAGUUGUUUUUUUUUUUUUGUUUUGUUUUUUUUCUUCCAGUUUCAGUUUGCUGCAGUUGUUAGUUUAAUAAACGGCUUUGAACAAAAGCUUAAAACAAAAGCAGCUAGAAGUCGUGAGAAAACAUACAAAACCUUAAUAGGUCAGUCUCCAUUCAGGUCUCAAACAAAUGUUUGCUCACGUGUCAUUAUAGAGAGACCCUAUAAUAUUUGCAUAUCGGAAUAAUCCUAUUAAUAAGGACGGUUAAGUUCCUACCGAACGGCAAGUUCCCUUUGCAUAAGAAAUCAAUUGACCCCUGUCCAUUGUUUCUGCCUUUGUUGGGCCUCAUUAUGGAGGGGCAGCCGGCUUUCAGACUGACAGUGACUAUUCACUUAUCUUCCACACCACCUGUUGGCAUAACAGGCUCCCUGUAACCAUUUUAGCAAAAUUCUUGCUUCAUUCAUCCGUAAAAAUUGAAAUAUGAACGCCAUGCCACUAGCACUAGCUAUGCGUAUGGAAUAACCAAUCAGGGAUAUCCCAAUCUCCCUACAUAUAUCUAGCUUAUAUAUAGAGCUUUUCUUUCUAAAUAACUUGCAUGAGCGUUUGUACAGCAGCCACUCAACCUGCACAAUUAUGCUCAUUCAUAAAAAAUAAAGUGUGCAAUGCGUGUGACGACUACACUGUGUAUACUAUGGCAUUUUUAAUUGCCUUCAUGACUCUGAAAACAGAAUCUGGAGCUGACCCAACCCGAGAGCACAUGGUUAUCCCACAGCUGGAGCCUCAGGCAAUCAGUGGCAUCCAUGUUGGAAAUGAUUGACAUACAUAAGGUUAAAGAGUCAAGAUAAUCAGUGCAGCUGAGGAGGGUGGUGUCCUGUUGAUGGGAAGAGCCAGAGUUUAAACAAGCCAUUCCUAAACAAUGUCACAUUAAAAGGGGGAUUAAUGCCAAGACACACUAUGCAGCAUAAUUACAAUAGCAUGCUGCAGUUAUGUUGCUUAGAUUGCUACUUUACUAUACAUGAAAGUUGUCCCUGUGCUUAGUGAAACAUUUUGUGUAAGAAUAAAAUUAAUCUUCUGUGUCUUUCUUUUGCCAGCAUGUAAUUUCUGAAGUAGGAGUUUGCCCGUGGUAUAUUGGAUGGUCGGCACACUUUGUGACAUUGUGUCACUGUGUUGUUUCCGUAAAGGAUUAAGCUAGGGAGAGAUCUCUUCUCCGUAAUUACAGAACAGAUAUAGGAAGGCAUGCAUUUUAAAUGUUCACCCUGGCAAGCUGCAGACGUAUCACGUUGCUGGCAGAACAAUGAACGUACGUUAAUGCUUUGUGGGAUUGUUUGACUUUAAAACAGGUCUGUGUUUUAAAAAGGAAAGUCCGUUACUUUAAAGGAAUACUUUAGUGUUAUGGAUACAAAGAUGUAUUCCUAACACUAAAGUGGCCCCUCGCCAUUCAGUCACUUACCUGAUUCCAGCACUGACGUCGCUUCAACGCUGGGUCGCACUCCUCCUUCGCAGAUAUUAACCGAUGGGUUGGGGACCUGAUGCACAAACACAGCGACUGUCUUGUGCGCUUUGGGCAUUCCGCAUAGGAAAGCAUUGAAUCAAUGCUCUCCUGUAGGGUUUUGCUUGAUGCUGGAUGUCCUCAUCCAGCAAAGCAUGAGGACAUCCAGUGUAGUUUCACAGUCAAACAGCCACUAGAGGCAGUCUUGGCACUGAAAUGUAAACAUUGCAGUUUCUUUAAAAAUGUAGACCUGGUCACUGCACCUAUACUACUUCAUCUCAUUAAAGUGAUCUGGGUGCCUAUAGUGCCUCUUUAUUAAGCAGAAUAGUGUUUAGUUUUUAUCACUUAUUGGUACGUCUAUUAACUGGACUUUUGUGUGCAGCAUUGCAUACCCAAUGCAUGAGAAUAUUAGUUAUUGUUAUUAUUAUUGGCAUUUAUGUAGCGUCAACUUAUUCUGCAGCACUUUACAUAAUAAGCUGGAACAUGUUUGAGUUUUAUUGGUACUAGUUAGGAUUUUAAAAUCGCGCCAACGUAUUCUGAGGCAUUUUGUAAUUUGACAGCUAUAGACCGUGCAAUGCAGACAAUCCAGGACAAAAUAAGCAUAACUUGGUGAAGCAUUUCAUCGCCCUUUUGUACAAAGUGUUUUGCAAGGUAGCUUGUCGACUCGCAAUCUAAGAGUUCUAGUAAGAGUUCAGAAAAGAGAUUGCGGAGGUAAUUUGUGGUUGAUGGCUAUAGGGAAAUUCACAAAUAGUUAUGAAGUAGUUUAGCAGGUAGGGUGGAAUUCAGCCACCCAUUGAGUCCUUUUACAGUAAACUGUUACCAGGGUGCUAUGAGGAUUUAAAAACUCUGGAAUCCCUUGUAGGAGAGCGGAACUUGUCAUGCAAAUGGUGAAGACUUCCUCUCUUUUUUUAUUAGAGUACUCUGUGCAUGAAUCUUCUUAUUUAUUUAUUCUCCUUAGUAGAAAUGUUAUUUUAUGAGGUAUAGCUUUGUAUCUUUGUAUCCUGUAAAUUAAUGGGGUUUUUUUUGGUGAUCUCCUAACUCGCAAGUAGACGACGGGUUAAUGGAUAACAGUUUAUUUUCUGUACAGCUCUAGAGUAACAUGCAUUGCUGCCCGCUGUGAAAGUGAAAAAGUAAACAGCUGUUGGCGGUACCCUAUUGUUUGUCAUCCUGUUAGUAGGCCACCUGUGCAAAGAUUCCAUCUGUCCACUCAGGACCUUGCUGGAGUUUUUGUAUUUACUGCAAGUUGAACAUUAAUUUAAAUAAUUUUUUUACACAGAUAACCAUACAAAAUACAUCACCUUAAUGGUUUGCCAUUUCAUAAGCCCGUGUGGAACUGACACGACUGUAAAUAAAAUAUAUUUUUUUUUUUCUGACAGAUACCUGAUUACAGAAAUGCAGUGAUAGUGGCCAAAUCCCCUUCAUCAGCAAAGAGGUGAGCAAAAUAUUUUAUGUGCCAGGAAGCCAACUAGGGACUUCCCCUUCUCCCUAAAAACUGGAUUGGUAACAUAUUUGCACUAUCUAGGCCAAAGUAUUCAGGGGGCGGGGGGGGGGAGGGGUGGUUGGUUGUUUUUCCAUAUUUUUAUUUAUAUUUUUUCCCAUAUAUUAAAUUUUUCAUGUUGGUGGCCUUUUCAUUUAUGACUUACAGUACUAGUGAUCAAUUUAAACUACUAUAUCUUGUAGCUACUGCUUCAGAACUAUUAAUGUAUUUCUUGUAAUCAAUGUUCAAUUUCUUGGGGGGUGGGGGAGAGAAUUUGCGUGAAAGGCAAUGAUUGCCAACCACGUGAGCCAUCUUGGCAAAUUAUGUAAAGUACCCAGAUGGUGACAGAGCCACUUUAAUGUUUGAUCAGUGUAUGAUGUACAUGGCUCAGAGAAAUAUACAUAUAAAUCUACAUAUAUAGGCUUGUAUGUGCAUUUGUAGCAAAGUGUGAAUUCCAGAAAGUGUUCUGUUUGUUUGUGUUUUUUUGCCUUGCCCCUUGAAGAUUAUAGAGCAGGUGUCUUCAGUAACUGGCUGUGUUGUCAACAGAUUCAUGCCUGAGGUGAUGCACAUCUCUGUAUGUCAUGGCCUCACGGGUUUUGUAGAUUAUGCGUUCUAAAGGGAUUGUAAUUGGCAUGUAUGAGCAGUGCACCCACUUCUGAUUUUCAUUUCAUGUGAUACAAUCUGAACCAAAAUGAUGGUGCAACUGUGCCCUUCUGGUAUUUUCUGUUAGUCUAAAACUGCCAUAAUAAUUUCUUUAACUAUGACAGUAGGUCGGAGAAGCUGGCCUAAUAGGAUGUAUUUAGAAUCAUAAAUGUUUGACCCACAAAACCUUAACGUUGGUCAAUAUAUGUGCCUAUAAUGCAAAAAAAUGCCUCUCUGGUAUUGUAAUCUUUUAUUUUUUUUGUGUGUGUGUUUGAAAUCAAACUGCUGCAAGUUGAUCUAUGCUUUCUAUCAAGUUCCUUGGUUUAUGCCUAAUAUGCACUUUCCAAAUUCACUAAUCUCCCUUUUUGCUUACCUCUCUCCUUGUGGCAGAGCCCAGUCUUUUGCUGAAAGGUUACGACUGGGAAUCGCUGUGAUUCACGGUGAAGCGCAGGACGCAGAAUCCGAUUUAGUUGAUGGGCGGCAUUCACCGCCUGCUGCUAAAGGAGUAACUGCUCCUGGAAUACACCCAACAUUGGAGAUUCCAUGUAAGUAUCUUGCACCUCUGUAAAUCUUUCUGCCUAAAUGAGAAGUGCCAGGCGCUCAUUACCCCUCCCCAUAGGGAAAGCGUUGAUUCAUUGCUUUUCUAUGGGGAAAUAGCUGACGCUGGAUGUCCUCCUGCAAAGCGUGAGUACGUCCAGCGUUUGUUAUUGGACCAAAAGACCUGUAACAUCCAGGAAGUGCUUCUAGUGGAUGUCUGAUAGACAGCCACUGGAGGAAAACUUAGUGCUGCAAUGUAAACACCAAGUGCAAUAGGGACACUGUUCCCAGACCACUUGAGCUGAAGUGUUCUGGGUGCCUAUAAUGUAUGAUAAUGAGUCAUGUUGAUAAUGGGAUUUUAUUUGGUUCUGGAUCUGACACAUCAGAAGUCUUUUUAGAGCGGACUAAACAUGACAAAACUGAUGGUUCCAUAUCUUUCGUUUCUUUUAUUUUCCCUCUCUUCAGUAGCACUUCACCUCUCAACAGAAUCUCCAGCCAUCAAAACAAGGGUGAGGGGGAGGAAAGUGCAGAAUAUGUGUUAGUCUUUAUUGCCAUCUUAUUGGUAAAUUAUUUGAACGAUGUGCAUGAGUCUAUCUACGUUAUAUUGAUAGUCUCCAGCCGUUGGACGUUCCCAUUCCUUUUUAGAGAUGCGUGCGUAGGGUGACUUGUCUUGUCACCACUUUCCAUUUCAGAGCUGAUCUAUUUGAACUAAUUGCCCUGAAAAUCCACUGCUCGCGUGCCCUCCCAGUCUGGAGUAGCUCUGCUCAUUGAGAGUACAUGCAUUCUUCACAUGCCAAAUUAUAUUUGGUCCAUGAGAAAUGUCUGCAGUUGGUAACCUAACUCUUCCUGUGCUGCUUACCAGCAGGUUAAGCUCCAUUUACACUCCGCUCCAGGAGCAAAAGGAUUAGGACGUAAGCCUAAUAACAGAGAUUUGAUUCAAAACUAUGUGGAUUAAUGUUGUGCCAUCUGUUAGGGUCUUAGAUCUAAAUUUGUUUACUUUAUGUGGAAGGAUAAGGUCUAUGUUACAGAGCUGGAAUAAAACGUGUGUGUGUGUAUGUGUGUAUGUAUGUGUGUGUAUGAAUAUAUAUGAAUAUAUAUAUAUAUAUAUAUAUAUAUAUAUAUAUAUAUAUAUAUAUAUAUAUAUAUAUAUAUAUAUAUAUAUAUAUAUAUAUAUAUAUAUAUAUUUAUUCUUCAUUCUGUGUUUGAAGGGCCAGCAAAUCUCUCUAUCCUUUAAAUGUAUGUGGCUAUAUUUCCGAAGGGCAAUGCUUACAAAGAAAAUCUCACAACACACACCUUGCACUAUAGCACUGCCUUUUAAUGUUGCACUGUAGCAUACAACUGAAAUCUCAUUUAAUCCCCUUAGGCCUAAUAGAAUAAUUAUGUCCGAACAAUCUAGUCCAUGAAAACGGAAUAUACUUUUUAGCAUCAGCGAGCAAGGCUUUCCAUGCCCACACAGGAUGUCCAGAAACCAAAUGAGGGUGUAAAUAUUAUUGGUACUCUGGGUGUUGGGUCUGCUUCAACUUUGCAUUCACAUGCACGCUCCACAGCAUUCAUUCCACAACUAAGAGAAAAAUGGUCUGAUCAGCUGCAGAAUUGUCAACUGAGAUUGUGCAUAGUGGAAUGGGAUAUGUCAAAGUAACAUAGUUCUCUUCUACUCUUUUCAUCUAUCUUUGAUAAAGGCAUAAUAGAUGAGCUAUGGACAGAUUUACAGGGUCCAACAAUAAACAGUUUUUUUCAAAGUUAAAAUGCUCCACUUCCCUCUCACAUUAAUUUAUUAAAUGUAGUGUGUUCGUUUGUGCUCUAACAGACAGCAGAAGCUUACUAGGGAGGUGUAACAUUGAAGUGUGCUAUCUUUUUUUUUUUUUUUUUUUUUUCUGAGAAAGAAGUGUCCUUGAGUAUAAUAGUAUUUCAGGUUCUGUGAAUGUCACAAUUUAUAGACUAAAUACGUAUCCUGCCAGCAAGGAGUAUACCAUCACUUUUGUGGUUUGCCAGGCUGAAGAAAAAUACAUGUUAGAUUUAUCUUCAUUUUAGCAAAAUAUUUUAUUUAUUUUUCUGCAUUCUUCAGGGAGAUCUUGAGUAUGCAAAAUAUAAACAAUUAUACAUUAUCCCUUUUCUUGGUAAAUACAGCAACUUGUUAAAGGGGAGGAAAAUGGGCAGAUCCAUUGCAAAACUUUUUUUGUAAGGAAUCUGUUUGUAUUUUUGGAAAUGCAAAGUACCAGCAGGCAGUAAAUCUAAUUACUGUACGUUGGGUUAUUGCCAGACAUCUGUGUUUUUAAAGGAAAAUUUGUCUGCUAAUUCAGCACACAGAUAUAUCUUGAUAUGCGUGUCUUUACGAACUCUUCGUUCCCCUUGGCUACAAUUGGGUUUUUGUUUUUGUUUUUUAAAUAUAAUAUAUAUAACCACGCUGUACACUUUGAGCUAUGCAGGCUCCAAACCCCAGAUCCUGUAUUUUAUUAUAUUUCUGAACUUUUUAAUUUCUGGCAGUAAUGUAAAAGAAAUAUAUAUAGAAUCUCUCACACACUCGUAAAUUUGUGACUAUGAUUCUAAGAUCCACAUACAGUGAUAUCAAAAUUACAACUUAAAGUGAUUAUAGUGAAAAGAACAAAUAAAGAAUAACUUCCCUUAGCAAUAUAGGAUAUGCCCAAAGAUUUCCUCCUAUCUUCAAUUCAGUAAGUAUAUGGUAUAGGGCUAUUCCAAAUUUGUCUUUUCUCCCUUUUUGGAUGUGAGAGUAAAAAAUAGCCCUAUACCAUUUACUUACUGAAUUGAAGAUAGGAGUAAUGUAAAAGGUCUUUUAUUUGAGGUGUUUGAAAGUGUACAUUUUACAGUGAUUAUGAGCAAAUAUUUUAUAUUUUUAUUCUGUUUUCUAGUGAUGUUUCCAAAGGAGAAACCCCCUAUUACUGUGGUUGGAGAUGUUGGAGGAAGAAUAGCAAUCAUUGUGGUAUGUUUUUUAUAUCUCUAAGCUCCUUAUAUACCUUACCCAAGGUUGUUUAAUUUUUGUUGUUAUUAAAUAUACCUGAAAGUGUUCUUGACUUUCACAGAACGCUAUGCUGGCACUAAAGGUAAUAUUGUUAUUUAUAUCUAGUAAUGUCCUCAAUGAGCUGGCCAAGUUACUGGCAAGUACAUUGUUUUAAAAUGUUAUAAAUUGAAUAAAAGAUCGCUGCAAUGCAGAUAUAGCUGUCAUUGAAAUUCAGUACUCUCCAUCCUUGAAUUCUCUGUGUUUAUAGUUGCCAAAGAAGGAACAGCAUGCCCUGCAUAUAACACACAUGCUCUGGGUUUUGGCAGGAUGACAUCAUCGAUGAUGUAGCCAGUUUCCUCGCUGCUGCUGACACGCUUAAGGAGAGAGGGGCCUACAAGAUUUUUGUAAUGGCAACGCAUGGUAUACUGUCCUCAGAUGCUCCACGGCUAAUUGAAGAGUCUGCUAUAGAUGAGGUAAGAGAAUUCAGUGCGUGGAGGAGCAAGUAAUUUAAAAUCAAAUCUUAGAAUUUCAAAUCUAACUCUGCUAGCCAGGCCUUAAAAGUAAUUUGCCACUGUAAAUGGGGAGUCCAUCACACACUUACCAGGGUGAAUGUUUACUUACCAGGGCUGUAUUAGAACGCUCCAAUUAAUGAUGGAUAUUUUGAGUAUGUAUGUCUCCCAAAGAGAAUAGCACUCUUGGAUCUUUUUCAUUGUGAUUUAAUUAUAUCAAAUCAAUGUUUUGAACCUAAUGGAGUCUUUAACAUGGUUCACAUGCAUUUGCUUCAGCAUUUAGGUGUAAAGAUGAACACCUACAACUCAUUGAACUGUUUUGUCGUUAUACAACUUUAAUGUUUUUAAUUUAUUCAUUUUUUGGUCUUCUCUCAAAUAUUUUAUCCACUAGGUUGUCGUCACCAACACAAUUCCCCACGAAAUCCAGAAGCUACAGUGCCCCAAAAUCAAGACAGUUGACAUCAGCAUGAUCCUAUCAGAGGCAAUUCGCAGGAUUCACAAUGGGGAGUCCAUGUCAUAUCUUUUUAGAAAUAUAGGUGUGGACGAUUAGUCCUGUUUGUUACGUGUUUUUUUAGGAAUAUACUAAGGGCCAAAACUGGAAUUGUACAGUGUACCUGUGCCGUACAAAUGCUUACCUUAAUAUUUCAACAAGGCCAAUUUUUAGGCUGAUCUGUCUUACGGUUAGAUUCACCAAUUAAUUUGUUUUGUUGUUUUUUUUUUGUUUUGUUUUUUCCUUAAACUUUGUUUUUGUUUCAUGCACUAGUUCUAUAGUAUGCACAAUUUGGCACUGCAGCUGUAGUUGAAUUCUGUUUCUCAGCAUCCUCCACUCACAAAUUGGCCAUAGUUUUACAAUCCAAAUAUUAGAUGGGCGGUCUGAGUACAGACCUAUGUAUGAGCCCUACAGUAUUAAAAACAUGUAACCUCUUCUGACACCCAGGCCAGUUGGUCAUCUUUGUCUGCAGGGGUUUCAUUCGCAGCAGAUAUAUAUAUUUUUUUUCUUCAGUUAAAAUUACUGGUUUCUCCCACCAUCCAUUACAAUGGAAAAAUUUGUCUUGUUUAAAGAACUUGAAAAACAUAUUAUGCAAGGAACUGAUUGAGCAUUUUAGCUGUAAUCCAGCCACAGCUGUUGAGCCAAACUUGUCAGUGGCCUACAGAUGACACUACAGUGCCCUGUUUUAUUUUUUGUUUUUGUGGUCUAUUACAAUGUCAAGUUGAUUUAUAUUUUAUGUAUUUUUUUGAUUUAUAUGCAGCACCUCUGAUCUAUUAUUUUUUUAUUUAACUUUUUUUGAUGGGCCUAAAAGCUUUGGCUCUGCAACCAAAGCCAUUUACCGGUCGCACCUGUGGUAAGUACCACUAAGUCGUGCGUUGUGCACUUUUACCAAAUUAAAGAGCCACAGACCACAUUUUAACUUGCAACAGGAGAUUUUGUGAAAUUGCUCAAGAGUAUGAGUAGAGGAGGAGUUAGACUUUAAGUCUUAAGUUUGUUUUAAGCUGGUUUAGGGGUUCAUUACUUGCCCACCACUGCCAACAAGAAGUCAUACACCCAAAGAGGUAGAAGUUUUUGGUGUAAGCUGCUAGUUACGCAGCUAUGGAGUGGUGGUAGAAGAUCAGUUCAGAAUACUGCAGUGUGUGCGAAUCUUACAGCAGCUCACCAAAUCUCAGGCUUAGAUUAUGUAUUGUAAUGUUUAAUGUGCUUUGAUUUUUUUUUUUUUUAUAUUGCCCUUAAAGGGACUUUGUUAGAUAGUCAGAAUUUACACUGUGGGUGUAGAGCAUAGAAAAAAAUUAAAUAAUAAAUCUAUAUAAUUACUUGUAAUUUUUUGCUACCAAAAUAUAGAUCAAUUAUGUCUGACAUGUAUUCUACAUUUGUUGUGAGAAUGUUGCCCUUUUAUCAGGCUGAUCAUCGGGGAUACAGUCGGUGACCACUGGAGUGGUCACGAUUGACCAUCACUGGUGUAGAUCAAGUUAACGCUAGUUCCUUUUUUAUUUUUUUUAUUUUAGCCCUGUAUUUUUUAGGUAUAAUUUUAAAUACAACCCAGUUUGCAAAUUAUCCAUAUUGCUUUGUAAUAUCUAGAUUACAUAUUCUUCCUAUUUUGUUUGAAACCUACCAAUUUCUAGAGUUUUUUUUUUUUUUCUUCAUGCUCUCCAUUGGCUUUGUAAAACCUGACUGUCAGUACCAGGGGAAGACAUCUCAAUGUUAACUUCCUUUCCCCCUAAAGGGUUAUGAAAUGCAUCAAGAGCCUAUGAAGCAUUGCUGAGCAGUGUAGUAUGUCUGGAUUUGUAUAUUGUAGGCUCCUUUUGCGGCAUAAAGGCUGAGGGGAAAAAAAGCUGAGGUUGACUCGUCCCAGCACUCUGAAGCAUUUGCUGAGGGACGGGUAACUGUACAGGAAGGGCAGCUCUGUGCCGCAUUUUAUGUAUGUGGGAGUCUCUGUAGUGACGCUUUAAUGUCGGGAAGCGUACAGAAAAUAUGCACUAGUAUUUAUUUUCUGCAAAAGAUAAGCGGGAAAAUGUAAUAAAAUAUUUGUUUUGUGUGAGCUCUUGCGUUUUUGUUUUGUUGUUCAUUUAUUUUAUUCUUGUUUUCAAUGCUUGUCAUCUAAUUACAACAAUCCCUUGUAAAUUCGACAUGUAAUUUGCUGCUUUAAAGUAAUUCUACCUGCAGGAACACAGACUGAAUCCUUUAAUUCUUUGUGUAGUCCAAAAGCCAUUGGAUUGCCGUCCGUCAAGGUCAC